CCUGAUUGUUAGUACACGUGUUUUGAUGACGUUGUCACAAGAAGUAAAUAACGAAAGUAGAAAAUAGAUUCUAUGUAAAAAUAUUGUUUUUUUAUGUUGGCAGAAGAUAAAGGGAUUGAAGAUGAGGAGAGCACAUAUGGGAAAUGGUUUUCAAGGACAAGAAGGAGACAUUGUGGAAGAAGACAAUCAGAGAAUGGAGGAUGAUUUGAAAUAUAAAGUUCAAGCUUUAAAAUCAUUAACAAUAGAUAUUGGAAACGAAGUUAGAGAUCAGAACAAGUAUUUAAAUGAAAUGCAUGAUGAUUUUGAUAAAGGAGGGAGUUUAUUGGAUAAAACAGUGAACCGUUUGAAGAGAAUAACUGCAUCAGGUGGACAUAAACAUAUAUGCUACCUAUUAGGUUUUUCUCUGUUUGUAUUCUUUGUGAUAUGGAUGAUUGUCAAAUUUAGAUGAUGACGUUGAAGGAUGAUGUUAAAUAGCUGCAAUAUGAUGAAAGUUUAAUACAGAGAUUCUAGAUGAUCUAGAGAAGAGUGUAACUCUUAAAAGUAUUAUCAUUGAUAACAAAAAGUAAGAAGAUUUCUGUGAAAGUGCUAUUCUUGGAUAAUAAUCUUUAAAAGGUUAAUGGUUCAUUUCAACUGUAAUAUAUUAUCAACAUUUUAUAGCUUCUUAUAAAGUAGAAAUUAUUUACUGUAAACUUGGACCACUUUGUGGGUUAUUUUUUUGACAAUUUCAAUCCAUGACCAUCUUUUGUGUGGGAGUUAAAUGUUCAUAUUAAUAGAUAAGUGCUCUGUUCAAGAUGGUUGAUUUGUGUAAACUAUUCAUGUGGGGAUCACUUGUACAUGAUUGCAAAAAGUCGAAAAUAUAACCCCAGCACAAAAUUUUCCAAGUGUACGGUAUUGACCCAAAAAAGGGAAAACCUUUUUAAUAUAUUAUUGAAAAUUGUAUUCUAAUCUGACUUUAUUAUGAACUUCUAUUGACAUAUUUUGUCAGGAAGAAUACUGAAUUUAGAAUUCCUUCAGAAAACGAAGAUACAUGAAAAUUAAGAUUUUUCUUCCUGAUGAAAAAAGUAUACCUAUCUCAGUACUGCCUUCCUUUUUUAAUGAAAAUCCUUUGAAUGCAAAUUUACAGUACACACAAGAGGCAUUUAUUCAAAAAAUAUUUGUUGGUGUUGAGAUAUUCCACUGUGAAAUAAGGUGAUUGAGGGGGAUAACAUUCUAAUUAACAACCCUAUCAUAUAUAUUUCAUAUGGAUAUGUAACAUGUAUGCAGAGAGAUAUUUCAAAGUCAAAAUCAUCCAGUCAAAAUCAUUCACUGUGAAAAUUCACCACCAAGAAUGACAUUUGUACGAAUUACUAUGUGUACUGAAGAUAAAACAAUGCCAUCAGCUGAAUUGUCUGUUGGUAAUAAACAAACUCAAAACACAAUCUUUAUGUGCCUAUCCUAAUUCAGGAGUCUGUAAUUCAGUGGUUGUCAUUGGUUUACAUCUGUCAUGUAUUUUUUUUUGUAGAUUGUAUUGUUAUAUAUAUACGGCUGUCAGUUUUUUCCUUUGAAUUGCCGUCUAUAGCUGCCUAUACAGUCUUGGUUAUUCUCAUUGUUGAAAGCUACUGUGACCUAUAAUUGCUUAUAUCCACAUCAUUUGAACUCUGAUGGAUAGUUGUCUCAUUCAUGUCAUUGGCAAUCAUACCACAUCUCUUUAUUUUUAUAUAUCAAAUUACAUGUUGUCAAGAGAAACAACAUUACAAUGCAUCUUGGGAACAAGGAUUGUAGUUUGUCUCUGUAUGUAAUAUGAUUUUUUUUUUUUAAUUUAAAAGAUUUGUUAUAUUCCAUUUCCAACAAAUCUUGUUAAGCUGGACAUGUGGUUUUGUAUUUCUAAAUAAUAUUAUAUUCUCUAUUACCCUUUCAUUAACAUUUACUUCUCAAUCUUAAAGUAAGCUGUUGAAUAUAUUGACAUGCAUCAUUAAAUGAUGUAUACAUUUUGAAAUAAGUUAAUUUCACUGGUUUAGAUCAAAAGGAAAAAAAAAAUAGAUUGCAAUAUUUAAAACUCAUAUUUUUAUUCUGAUUUUAUGCAUAUUUCAAUAAAACAUCUGUUUAAUCAUAAAUUGCAUCAAUAAACUCAACCUUUGAUGAUUUGAAUUAAUAAAUGCAUGCAUUAAUAUCCUUUACAGUUAUUCAUUUUUCAAAAUAUGAACUAUUUUUAAUAUUUUUGUCAUUUUUUUUGUGUUUAAUUUAAAGUGUGAAUGUUACAUUGUUUCAUUGUCUUGUUAGCGUUUUGUUAUUGUUUUUAUUUAUAAAUGAAGAGUUGAUAUGAUAGUCAGUACAAUGUUUAUAUAAAGAAUGUACACAUGAUGUGAGUCUGUAAUUUAAUGAUUAUAAACUCUAAUGAUAAUUUUUUACGUUAUGCCUUUCAAUUUAAGGUUAUGUAAGGGAACGACCAUUUAACUUCAAGGGGUGGUUUUUUCCUAAAAAAAUAUUCUGAUCCCCAAUUUGAUGAAAAAUAUAUUGUGGUCAAGCAGAUGACAAAAAAAAAUAUUCUGAAUCCAGAUUUUCCCCAUAUCUUAUACCGGUAGUGUUUAAUUUUGAAAAAAAUAAUUUGAUUGAUAGCGUCUAAAAACUAAAAAAAGCAUGAAAUUUUUUUCUGACUCAGACAAAAAUCCAUAACCCCCCCCCUUGAAGUUAAAUGGUUGCUCCCUAAGACAUUUACCAAAUAUCUAGUCAAAUAUGAAUUGGAGCAGUUAAUGUAUAGCAAAAAAGAAUGUUACCAAAAGUUAGCAUCGUGUUAUCUGGUUAUAUACCAUGGAUUCAUUUAUUUUUGAGGAAAAAAUGUAUUUUCGUGGAUAUUUUAGUUCAUGGUUUUUCUAAUUCCAAAGUCUACAUACAUGCUUGAAGAUAAUUUGUACAUCAUUGAACACUUAAAUUUGUGGUUCACCGACAUGUAUACCCAUUGAUAUCUUAUACUACGGAACUAAAUUUCCAGUAAUAAGGUCUUCUGAAACAAAUUGAUAAAGCUCAGUUACGUAAAUGCCAUAUCCACUUGUUCAAUAUCAAUAUGUAAGUCGAAACUUAAAAAUAUACGGUAAAAAUACUCCUUUUUCACCAGUUUUUUAAGUA